AUGCAGAUAUUGGGAAAAGUCUUCUCUACUUUGAGACAACGUCUUUUCCUUAGAACUAUUUCAAGCUGGCAAAUUGCAUUUAAUGAGCAUGGUGAGCCCCUUGAUGUUCUUUACGAGCGGGUCGUGGAUAUCGGAUCGCUAAAAAAUCGGGAAGUUCUUGUUAAUUAUCGCCUUUCGCCGAUCAAUCCCUCUGAUAUAAAUUCAAUCCAAGGCAAAUAUCCACUAAAGCCACCACUACCAGCGGUUCCGGGAAAUGAAGGUGCUGGAUAUGUUUUGGAAUGUGGAACUGGGAUUUCAAAGCUGAAACCAGGUGAUCUCGUCGUACCAGCGAGACCGAAUCUGGGGACCUGGCGUAAUGUUGCUAUCUACAACGAAUCAGAUUUAUUUCGACUAAAUCCCAAGCUCGAUAUUAGACAAGCAGCCGUGCUUUGUAUCAAUCCGGCUACAGCUUACCUGAUGCUUAGUAAUUUUGCGGAACUGAAACCCGGUGAUUGCCUUAUCCAAAAUGGGGCUACGAGCUCCGUUGGCAUUUACGUUAUGCAAAUCUGCAAGCAGAUGGGUGUUAAUACAAUAAAUAUAUUUAGAGCUCGUGACACACUAGAAAAGACGGAAUCCACCCGUCGGGCCCUUUUGGACUUUGGAGGCACAGUAGUUGUUACGGAAGAGGAGUUGAAACACCGGAAAGAUCUUUGUGAUUUGGGUAAAAUCAAAGUUGGUCUUGAUUGUUUGGGUGGUCGACCAGCUUUGUCCAUAAUCAAGAACCUCGAUGAACAUGGGCUUCUCAUUAAUUACGGUGGAAUGACACGACAACCUAUCCCAAUUCCUAUCAGUGCUCUCAUUUUUAAAGAUAUCCGUAUUUGCGGAUUCUGGCUUUCGGGGCGAGAAAAUCAGCCGGACAGAGCAGAGAAGGUACACGCAAUGCUCGACAAACUUUCAAAUUGGAUAAUUGAUGGAAAAAUCAAGCUUUCUCCUACCGAAUUAUUUUCGCACUUGGAAUGGAAGUCUGCCGUUUCUAAGGCCCUUUUCAAGGAUGUUGCGCCAACGGAUUUGACAUGCAAGAAGGUUUUGUCUUUCCCAGAGGUUUCUUAA